CUUCCCCCCAGUAACCAGUCCAAAAAGGACUCGUCAGCCCGUGUUGAUUUUGGCCCAAAUCAAGCGUGCUCUUACAUUAUUCAUUUUGACAUCUCUCAAAAAAAAAAAUCACUUUGACGGCCUUCCGUGUGUGGACAGCCUACCCAGGCAUGUUGGGUACAUUUGCCUAAUCAGCGCCUCGAGCUGUCGCGGUCCACAAUUUUAAAGGGAAAAGAGGAGAUUCCAGAGGCUUCCGGAGUUGAACCGAAGCUUCUCCACCCUUCUCUUCCCCACGUCUCCACCCAGUCUCUCUUCCCGAUCUAGUAGCUCAUAUAUCUCCCGCCAUCACACUCUCGUCCGCCACAACCACAAGCCCAACUGCACGGUGAGCGGGAUUGGAUUAGUCAGUAGCGGCACCAGAGAGAGGUAUAGAGGGGUUGGAUUAGUGGCUGGCACUUUGAUUAGCGCGCGACGAAGCAAGCCAAGCGAGCGCGAUGGUGGUGCUCAUGGAGUACGCCCCCGGCGUCGGCGUGACGACGAAGAGGAAGGGCGAGGAGGAGCCGGGGUUGUUUGCGUUCCCCGACGACGGCGACAGCGGCAGCGUUCCGAUUUCCUGCCGCGCGACCAAGAUGAGGCGGCUGGAGAGUGCCGGCACCGGCCACGAUGUGCCGGCGGCGGCGGCGGGCGUUGGGAUGGAGGGCGACGUGAUGAUGGCGGAGGAGCUGCCGGCGCCGUCGCCGUCGCUCGGGGCCGCGGAAGGGGGGAAGAUGGCAGUGGUGGUGUACGACCACCGGGCCGUCGACGCCGCGCGACGUGGCGGCCGGCGCGGCCUUCUCGGCCAAUGGCGGCUCCGUCCGUGGGCGCCCCUGAGCGCCGGCGCCGAUUGGAUCCGCGACAUGCUGCGCGAGGCGGACGGCCGCACGGUGCGGGCGGUGCUGUCCAGCGCUCAGGAAGAGGGCGGCGUCGACCUGGCCCUGGUCCCUUGGGGCGCGGCACACGUUUCGGCAGAGGCGAAUCAGGCGUCCACGGCCGCGGAGACGGUGGACGGGGAAGAGGACGCCGAGGGAACGGCCGCGAUGGACGUCGAGGAGGUGGGGGAGCAUCAUCAGACCCAGGGGGGCGGGGCCGGCUGCGGUGAGGGGUACUUGCGCCAGUGGCCGCAGCACUGCUUGGCGCCGCCUCCGUUGCCGGCAGUUCGCCAGGCGAGGCCGGCUGUAUGGUCGUGGUGAACCGCGCGUGGCUGUACGACUGCGACCGACGGAAUCGACAUUUUCUUCUUUGCCGACGCGUGUUGCUUUGAUUUGUGUUUUUUCUUCCAACAGAAUGCAUCCUAUAAGGAUGGCAAUGGUUGGCAAUGUCUUCCAACAGAAUGCAUCCUAUAAGGAUGGCAAUGGUAGGCAAUGGUUGGCAAUGGGAGGGUAUGAAUACGAGAUAGAGCAAUUCCAUAUCCA